GGCGCCACCUCGCUACGUACAUCGCUCGACUCUUUUAAUUAGCUAGCUUGGCAAAUAUAUUUAUGGCUAGCCGGUAUGCUGUGGAUGACUCGUUGUGGAAUGAAGUGCAGAUCAUCAAUGGGUAUGCCGUGUUCAUGGGGUACCUGAUGAUGGGCGUAAGGGGGUUGGGCGUCUCGGUCGUUACUUGGACGACUGUCGUCCUACUUGGUGGCUUCGUUUCUGAUCUGCCGACCAAGGACUUCUGGUGUCUCACAGGAAUUACGCUAGUACAAGCUGCCGGGGUCUUCAAUUUCCUCUUAAAAGAAAAGUUAAGUGACAUGUUGCAUUCUUGGUGGGGUUUGCUGGCUACUGUAUUUGCCACGGUCAAAGAAGAAGAAGGUGAAUUUGAAGGAAAAAACAAAGUGAUUGCAUAUAUUUUAGCUGGGGUCCAAGGACUUGUGCUUUGUAUUGUCUUAUGUCCCCUUGGGGUUCUGUACAUGCUUGGGUUGUAUAUCUCUGCGGGAGUUUCUUUGUGGCGUCUAAUAGAGCACGACUUUGGAAAUGCUGGGGGUGCCAAUCAGAAGCCGGCGCUACAAGUCUUGUACAGCUUAGCAGUGGUACAAGGCGUGCUCUUUGGUUACAGGACAUUACACGCUCUUAUGUCAAGAACCCGGCUACCAAAAUUGGUGGCAGAGCUCGCAACGAUGGACGAAGAGCUAAAAUUUGAAAAAGUCCCAAUUCAACCCCCCUUCUUAGGCCACGAUCCUUUCAUAGUUGCAGAGUACCUAGAGGAGACCGUAGCAGGGUGCGAGAAGGAUUCAUCAUUUGCCACCGGAAGGAACCUUGUGACAUAUGGUGUGGAGUUGAUGAUGGAAGCUAAGUCAAAUGAGGGUUUCAUUGCUGGGAUAAGGGUUCUGGCCGGGGCUAUCAAGGAUGAGUACUGGAGGGGUCGAAAGGUGCUAGCAAAACAUCUGCUAACCCAGUCAGAUUCCUCGAGCCACGUGAUCCUUCGGCGGCUGCUAGAGGCGAUAGGUCCAAGAAGCCCAUAUAGUAGAGAGAUCAAGGAGCACGUGGUGAAGAUACUAUCUCUUGUUGCUCGUGGCAUCCGUCUGGAGCAGUACCCACGAGCAAUUGAGUGCUUAUCUUCCGUGGUUGACACAUACGGCAGCCGCCGCCGCAACAGCAAUGUUGAUAGCACAUUCAAGGACUAUGAGAGAGUCGAGCUGCUGGAGGAAUAUGAGCGAGGCUACCUGGUGUUUGACCGUGAGAGUCCACCGGCUGCUUUCUCCUUGGGUAGGGCCAGCAGCGGUAGUACUCUAAUACAGUGGCUGGCCCAGCGCCUUAUUCUGUGCAAAAGAAAAGCAAUGGAAGAAAACAAUGGGAGUUGUCGCCGUCUGCUGAGGCCAAACACAUCACCAGUCGUCCAUGGCUUCGACGAGCUGCUUACGGAAGCGCUAAACAUCAUUCACCAGAUCCUAGUUCAUGAGGACAACCGAUGGAUUGUGCGUGCUUGUGUAUCCAACUCCGUGCUGCACAGGAUUGCCAUGUUCCCUCGCAAACUUCUUAAGGACGAGAAUCAUGACCCGUGUAGCGUGUUUCAGGAAUCAGAGCUCCAUAUGCUAGAGAAAUGCUGGGUACUCAUAGAAUGGCUCUUGGCUGCUGUGACACAGGCCAACGACGACAACCUCUCUUCUUUACGGCCUGCAAAUCCUUCAGUAUUAGGUGGAGGUGGAACAAGAACAAGUGGAGGAGGAGAAGAAGAAAAACUAAUACAAGAGGAGGUGGAAGAAUGCUACCUUCUCCGGUCCAUGGUUGGCUCCGCUCUUGGGAAUGCAAUCACGAAUACCAUCAGAAACAGCAUGAAAAGCGCCAUCAAGAGCAUAUUUGACUGCCUCGACUGUCGAGCGACACAGAAAAAGCAAGGCAUACAAAUUCUCCUGCAUCUUUCUUUGGAUAUAUCCUUUAUCAUCGAGGACAGCGAAAGCAGUAAACAAAGGCUCACGUGGAUACUGCUCCUCAUUUUUUGCUCUACUCAUGAUGAUUCAAUGUAUUGGAGGAUUUCAGGUUUCAUAGAUCGGACUAAGAACAUGUGUGACUUUGAUCGCAUCAAGGAAUUAGCCGGUGAAAAGUUGUGCCACAUACUUGGAGAGAAGCACGAUGAGAUACCUGCUGCUUCGAAAGGAAGUGAGAUAGAGUUAUUACAGUCAGUUCGUCUUGCUCUUGAAGAUCUUGCUAAAGCAUUUGCUGAUGAUGCCCUAGACAUUUCAAUCAGAACGCAUGCAACAAUAAUCAUGGAGGGUCUAUGUAUUCGUUACACCACCUAUAUGAACUUCGUCGAGGAAGUGGAGGCAUUCUUGGUCGCUGCAAUCCCAAAGGUGGUCAAUGAAAUACUAAUUCUUUGUGCAUCCACAAGAGAAGAAGGACAAGCACAGGCGAGUACUGAUGUGGAAAAAGGUGGUGUCUCACAGGACAUCCUUGGCCAAGAUGGCUAUACGGACAACGAACGUCGACUCAGGAAAGCCUUGGUAUCCUUGUACACGGUUGGCUAUAUGAGAGACUUCAGUUUGAGGCCUAAGUUCGAGGAGAUGGCAUCUAAAAUAUGUAAGGAACAAGGGAGGCCUUUCGAGGACUUCGAAUCACUCCGUUUGAAUUCAUCUGCACUAAUCUCUAGGAUUUCAAAUCACUCUUGUUAGUUUGAAUACACAUUCAUCUGUAGCCAUCUCUUUAUAUAUGUAUUUCUUGAUCCAAGUCCUCAUGCAUAGAAAAUAUGAGGAUGCAGGUCUGGUGUGUCUUGUAUGGCUUCGAAUAAUUGAACACAAGAAGAAGUGUCAUGUGUGGUUUCGUUGUA